CCCGAGGUUCCGUCCUCCUGCCCCUACCCGACAGGCCCAAUCUGCAGAUAGCAGUGCUCCGGUCUCCGCCGCUCCAUUUCCUUCUCCUCUGGCCCUGACAACUCGGGCUCGUAGCCCUUGGGGGCCGCAGACAGCCUCUCCUCCAGGAGGGACCAAAGCUCCGCUGAGCAGCAUUUCCAGCCGGGGCCGCUUCCCGUGCGGCCCGGCCUUUCCGCUGCGGAGGAAGCUGCAGGACAGAAGGCUCGGCGGAGCGCGGAGCCACGCCGCGGGACCAGAGCCAUGCCGCAGAACGAGUACAUCGAGCUGCACCGCAAGCGGUAUGGGUACCGCCUGGACUACCACGAGAAAAGGAGGAAGAAAGAGGGCCGCGAGGCUCACGAGCGGUCCCGGAAGGCCAAGAAGAUGAUCGGGCUGAAGGCCAAGCUCUACCACAAGCAGCGGCAUGCCGAGAAGAUACAGAUGAAGAAAACCAUUAAAAUGCAUGAAAAGAGAAAUGCAAAGAAAAAGAACGAUGAAAAAACACCUAAAGGAGCUGUACCAGCAUACCUGCUGGACAGAGAGGGCCAAUCCCGGGCUAAGGUUCUAUCUAACAUGAUCAAACAGAAAAGAAAAGAAAAAGCUGGGAAAUGGGAAGUUCCUGUCCCAAAGGUCCGUGCACAAGGAGAAACUGAAGUUUUAAAAGUGAUUCGUACAGGAAAGAGAAAGAAGAAGGCCUGGAAGAGAAUGGUCACAAAAGUUUGCUUUGUUGGAGAUGGCUUUACCAGGAAGCCUCCUAAAUAUGAGCGAUUCAUUCGACCAAUGGGCUUACGUUUCAAGAAGGCACACGUGACGCAUCCUGAACUUAAAGCUACUUUUUGCCUACCUAUCCUUGGUGUAAAAAAGAAUCCUUCUUCUCCUUUGUAUACCACACUCGGUGUAAUUACCAAGGGUACCGUCAUUGAGGUGAACGUGAGUGAGCUGGGCCUCGUGACACAAGGGGGCAAAGUUAUAUGGGGGAAAUAUGCACAGGUAACAAACAAUCCAGAAAACGAUGGCUGCAUUAAUGCAGUUCUACUUGUUUAAGUUGUGUUUGAUACUAAACAUUGGACAUGGGCUCCUUCGAAAUCAAUGGAGUUUCAACAAGUUUGCAAGAUCUCUGGAACCUUCAACCAUUCAAGACUAUUGACCCCCACAGGCUGGUAAAAAACUUAAAGAUCCCAGAAACAACUGCUCAAGUUUUUGUAUUUAGUAUGUUUGUUCAGCUGAAUGCUGUCCAAAUAAAGGGAUUCAAUUUUCAUGUGUC